AUGUCAGGAUCAGAAUUAAGUCCAAUUCUGAAGGAUGAGGUGGACAUAGUGAUCCCAACCAUAAGAAACUUGGACUUCUUGGAGAAGUGGAGGACCUUCUUUGAAGGGUAUCAUCUCAUAAUUGUGCAGGACGGUGACCCUUCCAAAGUCAUCAAGGUCCCACAAGGCUUCGACUACACUCUUUACAACCGCGAAGACAUGAAUCGAAUUUUGGGUCCUAAAGUUCAUUGCAUUUCCUUCAAGGACUCUGCUUCCCGCUGCUUCGGCUUCAUGAUCUCCAAGAAGAAGUACAUCUUCACCAUUGAUGACGACUGCUUUGUUGCGAAAGAUCCAUCUGGCAAAGACAUUGAUGCCUUGGAGCAACACCUUAAGAAUCUUGUGACUCCAUCAACCCCAUUUUUUUUCAACACCCUAUAUGAUCCAUAUAGAGAAGGUACAGAUUUUGUGCGUGGGUACCCAUUUAGUCUUCGUGAAGGUGUCCCUACAGCUGUUUCUCAUGGCCUUUGGCUCAAUGUUCCUGAUUAUGAUGCCCCUACUCAGCUUGUCAAGCCCCUAGAGAGAAACACUAGGUAUGUAGAUGCAGUUAUGACUAUACCAAAGGGAACCCUCUUUCCCAUGUGUGGUAUGAAUUUGGCAUUCAACCGUGAAUUAAUUGGUCCAGCAAUGUACUUUGGACUCAUGGGUGAUGGCCAACCUGUUGGACGCUAUGAUAAUAUGUGGGCUGGUUGGUGCAUGAAGGUGAUAAGUGAUCAUUUGGGAUUAGGGGUGAAGACAGGUUUGCCUUACAUCUGGCACAGUAAAGCUAGCAACCCAUUUGUGAACCUUAAGAAGGAGUACAAAGGAAUUUACUGGCAAGAAGAGUUGAUCCCAUUUUUCCAAUCUGUUUCUCUUCCAAAGGAAUGCACAACCGUUCAAAAAUGCUACAUUGAACUCUCCAAGCAAGUCAAGGCAAAGCUUGGCAAGGUUGAUGAGUAUUUCAACAAGCUUGCAGAUGCCAUGGUCACAUGGAUUGAAGCUUGGGAGGACCUGAACCCAUCAUUUGGGACAAAAUUUGAAGCAUUGCCCAAUGGGUCAGCAAAGUAAAUUCAUGAUGAUCUAUGCGGCUAUAGAAAUGGGAAUUAUUGAGGAGAGCGUUAUGCCUAUAGGUUAUUUCAUGAUCAAUUUUUUUUCUUCUUUUCGUAGAACAAUAAAACUUGAGUGACUCCUCGAUAUAUAAUUUUUAUACAUGUUAACUUUGAAAUUUGAUAAUCUUG